AUGGAGCUUACCGAGACGAUUACUUUGGUCUCCCUUCUGGUUACGUUCGUCGUCGGAGUCCCGGGCCUCGUCCUUCUAUUCUUUCAAAUACGCAAAUGUGUGCGUGACAAACGAGUUCAAAAGACCACCGUCGUUCCCGAUGUUGAGAGCUCGAAUCCACCCGCAGCUGCCAGCUCCAACGAACCCAGUCCUUCAAAUCCAUCUAACGGGAACGUUAUAAAUCACAACAUCUUCAACUUCUACCCAGGACAUCAUCCAGACGUUGCAGUGCCUCUGGCAGUCAUCUUUCCCCAAAGGGUACUUAGCGGAGGCAUCGAAGGAGACCCAGCUACUAGUCACGGGAAUCCUUUGCCACCUUGGAGAGUAGGAACCUGGCCGUCAGUGUUGAGGAGGCAGUGA